AUGUCGUCCCCGGCUUCGUCGUCCCAGGGCGCGGGGAAACGAAAGCGCAACAACACGGCCAGCGCUCUCGACAUGGACCCGACACAGAUCAUUCAGACCGAGUCGCGAGACGCCUCGGCCGAAGAGGGCGACACUACCGCCCCCGAGUCCGGCCAGGUCUUCGCCGCCCACAGGAAGACCGACUCAACCGGCAGUGCUCACCCGCCGAGCAAGCGCCAACGCGGCAACUCAGAACAGCUUACCGCCGGGCCGACCGCGAUAGGCCAUACCCAGGCUCUCGACCCCGGCGAACCGAGCGAUACUACCGAGGCCAGUAUUGAUAUCGCAGAGAGAGUGACACGCAAGGGGAGCCGGAAGUCUGUCUCGAAUAAAAUAGAGACCGGCGUCAGUGGCAGCGGGAUGGUCAGCAAUAAGAUUGCCGCGGCCAUGCCACCGCCCCCUAUCGGCAAGCUUACGCACCCCGUAGGGUACGAAACGAACCCACCUCCCGCCGGCCGGGCGGUGAGGGUAUACGCGGACGGCGUGUUUGACCUGUUCCAUCUUGGGCACAUGCGCCAACUCGAGCAAGCAAAGAAGGCGUUCCCCGACGUGUACCUGAUCGUGGGCGUGACCGGCGACGAGGAGACGCACAAGCGCAAGGGUCUCACCGUGCUUUCGGGCAAGGAGCGUGCCGAGACGGUCCGGCAUUGCAAAUGGGUUGACGAGGUCAUUGAAAACUGCCCCUGGAUCGUGACCCCCGAAUUUCUGGAAGAGCACCAGAUCGACUACGUCGCGCACGACGACAUCCCAUACGGUGCUGACGAGGGCGACGACAUCUACGCGCCCAUCAAGGCGGCGGGCAAGUUUCUGGUUACUCAACGAACGGAGGGCGUGAGCACCACGGGCAUCAUUACAAAGAUCGUCCGCGACUACGAGAAGUACAUUGUCCGCCAACUGAAGCGCGGCACCUCGCGCCAGGAGCUCAACGUCAGCUGGCUGAAGAAGAACGAGCUCGAGCUUAAGCGCCACGUUCAGGAUCUGCGCGACAACAUCCGCAGCAACUGGGCGACCACGGGCCAGGAGCUCAGCCGCGAGCUGCGCCAGUUCUGGCCCUCGUCGCGCCCGCAGAGUCCGGCUCGGGGGCCUGCCGGGUUUUUCGGCGGCGGCGGCGGCGGCGCGAAUAACAAUAAUGGCAACGGCGAGGGCGGUGCGCUGCCGCCUAGCAGUCCGCUCGGGCCAAACGUGUCCUCGUCGUCAACCUCGGGCGGCGGUGGUGGCGGGUUUCCGUUCCCCAGGAGCCCGACGGGCGCGGGGCCGAUGACGGCCGGGGAGAGGGCGACGGGGAAUGGGAAUGAUUUUAUCACGGGGUAUACGCUGGGGUUGAUUGGGGGUGUGAGGUCAUGGAUGACCAAAACCCGAAGGGUUCUGAGGGAAGAGGAGACUCAGGAGAGCCGGCCGGUGAGUGACGAUGACUCGGAGGAGAGCGAGGACAAGGCUGCGAGUGAAGGGCGACGGUCGGUUCAGUUGCCUGUGGCGAGCCAACAAGGCUAG